AUGCUUUCUGGGCUGGGUUCGACCCGUCAUCGAACAAGCCCUUAUCAUCCCGCAGGAAAUGGUCAAGUGGAAAGAUUUCAUAGACAGAUGAAGAGAGCGAUUAGAGCCUACAGUACAAGUCAGUGGACCAGAGUUUUACCUACCAUUAUUUUUGGUUUUAGAGCUGCAUGGAAGGAGCACUUGCAAGCAACGACAGCGGAAAAGGUUUAUGGAGCUCCGAUACGAUUGCCUGGAGAAUUUUUAUGUCCAUCUACUGGUACAGCGGAUCCCGCAAACUUUGUUGGAAAGCUAAAAGAGACCAUGCAGGAGUUGCUGCCAGUAAAGUCCAGACAUCAGGGUCAUAGAGCAGUUUUUGUAAGUAAAGACCUUUCGUCGUGUAGUCAUGUUUUCCUGAGGACCGAUGUCCUGAAAAAAGGCCUGCAGCAACCAUACGAGGGUCCAUUUCAAGUGCUGAGUCGAGGGGAGAAGGUUUUUAGGAUUCUAAUUCAUGGCCGGGAAAGCACGGUAAACGUGGAUCGUCUAAAACCAGCAUAUGUAUCCCAAGAUGAACAGGACAUAUUUCCUAAAAGCAAAUCAACUGCUAUGAGCGAAUCUACAGAGGAAUCUAUUAUCCCAGAACCUGGUGACACACCAAACGAGGUUAAGACAAGACCAGGCCGUCGAGUUAAGUUUCAGGGAAAGUAUCAGCAAUGA